AUGUACAAUGUCCGGCAAGAAGGUGUUCAUCCUGUGGCUUCAUUGGCUGGAACGUACUUGCUCGUGGCCGAAGGAUACUCUGUCACUGGCUUUGUCCGACGGAAAGAGCAUGGCGAACAAAUCAAGAAGUCGGGCGCUGAAAUCGUCUAUGGUGACCUGAAUGACAAGACGGCAAUCACCGAGCAGGUCGUGAAGCACGACAUCACGUUCCAUACUGCGACCGCCGACCACCUGCCUUCUGCUGAGGCAGUCAUCGACGGUGUCAAAGCACGUGCCGCCGGCGGGAAAGGCACCAUCUUCAUCCACACCUCCGGCACAUCUCUCUUGACCGACUAUCCCAAGAUCAAGAACAACCAAAAGUCCAACGACAUCUGGCACGACAGUAAUCGUCAAGAGAUCGACUCUCUCCCCGACGAUGCUCCGCACCGAGAGAUCGACCUCGCCAUCGUCAAUGCACAAAAGGCGCUUGGCGAGAAAGCCAAGAUCGCCAUCAUGAUUCCUCCCUUGAUCUACGGCUUCAACGCAGACCACGGACGUCUCACCAUUCAGAUUCCGACCUUGAAUCGCUUUGCACUGAAGCAUGGUUUCGCAGCGCAUGUUGGCAAGGGCGAAGGUGUUGAAAGCAACAUCCACGUCAAAGAUCUCGCGCGUGCAUAUAUCGUUUCAAAGAACCCGUACUACUUCUGCGAGACUACUGGCGACAAGGAGCCGAGCUGGAGGGAGGUCGCGGAGCUGAUUGGCGAGCAGUUGCAUAAAGUUGGCAAGAUUCAGGAUCCCAAGCCGAGGCAACUCAAAGAAGAUCUUUGGGCAGACGUCUUUGGUGACUUCACAGGCGCUGUCAUUGGACUGAACAGCAGGAGUCGCGCUGUUAGGUUGAGGGAAUUGGGGUGGAAGCCCCAAGAGAAGGGUUGGAGGGCGAGUUAUGUUGAGGAUGAGUUGCCACAGAUUCUGAAGGAGGAGACUGGGAGUUUUGCUGGGUAUAAGGGUACUGUAGCGAGCUAA